ACAAAACAUAUAUACAUUUUUCUUAGGCUUUUGGGUUUUCCUCUGAAACUUACAGAUUCUCCCAUGCCGUUCCUCCCUACAUACCCAUCAAUCAUUCCCUCUCUAAAAUUUAUCCUUUCACCUUCACAACCAGUCUCCGACCCCGUUUUCCUCUGAAAUUCCGUUCCUUUGCCACCCCCAGAUCCGUUUUGUCGUGUUCCACAGAUGAAGAACCCGAGGAAGAAGAAGAGGCCAAAGCCCCAGAAGAAGAUUGUGGAGAAAAAAGGGGUUGUUGUUGAUAACGGAAACGAAGAAGAGAAGACAAAAGAGAGGGUUUUGGAGGCAUUGGUGGAGGCUUUCGCCUUGUCCUCUGUGAAGGAAGCUUCCAUAGCCUAUGACAUUGCAAGGGGCGAUCCCAACAAGGCUUCGGAGAUCCUAAGAAAGGGUUUUGUGGACAGAUCCGAAGAUUCUUUCUCGUGUUCUUCUUCUUCUUCGUGCAGUGGUGGUGGUUCCAUGGGGUCGGAAUUGGGGUCAAAGGGGGAGGGGGAUUUGGGGUGCUUCAAAGGCGGGAGGCAGAAGAAGAAGGUGGUGGCUUCAACUGGCACUGUUUCAACGGUUUUGGGGAAGGAGUAUGUGAGGAGGGACAACGUGAGGGACAAGGGGUUUAGUGGUAAUGGAGGAGUUUUUGACAUGGAGGAGGCAGAGCAGUUCCUCUGCUCUAUGCUGGGGAAUGAUUGUGAUCUUAACUUGGCUAUUGUUAGAGAUGUUUUUUGUCAGUGUGGAUAUGAUAUUGAAAAGGCCUCAGAUGUAUUGCUUGAUUUAGCUGCAUCCACUAUUGAGAAAUCCGGUACUGGUAGACAUCCUAACUACAGAGUAGACAACAUAGAUGAUGAGAGAUUCCUUGUUGACCCCAAUGACAAUUUGAUAGAUAGGAGAUCAGAGAGCACGUCUCUUUCAUCAGAUGGUGAUCUUUCUGAUAAUCUAUGGCCUGUCGGAUCUUUUGGCAGGAAAUAUGUGGAGGUCCUCUCUAGUUCUAAAGCUGAUUCUGCUGUUAGCUCAGGAUAUACAAAGUCUGAUAUUCCUCAGAAGGCUUCUGAUAUUCCUCAGAAGGUGUUGGAGUCUUUGUUUAACAUUCCCAAAAGCACUGAACAUGGCAAAGAUACCAUGAAUUGGAGAAAUGUAGUAAAGCAAAUUCAGUCUUUGGGACCUAGGUUCAAUCCUUCUCAACAUGUUGCAGAAUCUCAGCAAUGUACUUAUGGUGGCUUGGGGGCCUGCCAUCCUGAGCAAACUGAGUCGGGGCAAGGAGGAUACAUCGAGUGUUUUUGGCUAGAUUACCUCUGCUACAGUACAUUGGUAGAAUUUGCUAGAAAAGCUAAAGGAGAUGAAUAUCAUGUGUUUAGGGAAGACUCACAGCAGCAUUACGAUUCAAUGAAAUCUUAUUAUAAGAAAGCUGCAACAGCGUAUACCAAAGGGGAUCGAGCUUAUGCUGCGUAUCUUUCUGAACAGGGAAAAGAACAAACUAAAUUAGCUCAGAAAGCUGACACUAGGGCCAGCCAUGAUAUUUUUGUAGCUAGUGAUAUAUGCAGAAACAAGGGCAUAGAAAAUGUGAUAACCAUUGAUUUACAUGGGCAGCACGUGAAACAAGCAAUGAGAAUGCUGAAACUUCACCUUCUGUUUGGAUCAUAUGUUCCCUCUGUCCAGACACUAAGGGUUAUUACAGGAUGUGGAUCACAUGGUGUUGGAAUGUCUAAGCUGAAACAAUCAAUUAUAAGCCUUUUAGAUAGAGAAGCAAUUGAAUGGACUGAAGAGAACCGGGGAACUGUGUUGAUUAAACUCAACGGAUGCAGAGAGUAUAGCUUUGUGGAAAACAGUGACAGUGAUAGUAAUGAUUAAGCAUGUUGCACGAGCCAAGUGCAUCAUUUUGUUGUACAAUAUUUAGAUGAGUAGCCUGGCUAUAAAUAAAUAAAUUAGAGACGUGACAUUGACAUGUACAUUAUUAUUUGUUAGCCAAGCUAGAUCUUGGGUCUAUCAUAUCAUGUAGAACCUGUAGCUCUAUUGAGUCUGGUCGUACGAGUCAGAAUUAAAUUUCCAGAGUAGGCUAAUGACCCAAAGGUGUACAUACAUGAAUAUGUAAAGAUAUUUAAAUUUUAAAGUCCUAGCCCAAAUUUUAAGAUGGUAUGAAAGUUUAUUUUAAUGGUUGUUUGGUCAA